AAUGUAAAAUUUACGAGAAACACAAUUCGGUUCGCGCGGUUUUAGUCCCCAAAAUCAAAAUUGCUUGGUCUGAAAAGAGAAAAAUGGGAAAGCGGCUUAGAGAUUAGAGACGAUAGCAUUUGAUUCAGAAAUAUCCAUUUGAAUCUCUCGCGUUUCCCUUAGAUUCGAUCCCUUCCUCCCCGCCGCCAUGCUUCCGUCGCACCUCAACGGCCACUCCCCCCUCGCGCGCCGCCGCCCGCGCCUCUCCGCCGCCUCGCCGCCAGCCACCGCGGGAUCCGAUGCGUCGGCGGCGUCCGCGGACGCGCCGCUGGCGGAGCACGACCGCAUCUACUUCCAGUCGUACUCCCACAUCGGAAUCCACGAGGCCAUGAUCAAGGAUCGCGUUAGGACGGAUGCUUACCGCUCCGCCAUCAUGCACCACCAGAAGUUCAUCGAGGGGAAGGUUGUGAUGGAUGUGGGGUGUGGAACUGGAAUACUCUCGGUGUUCUGCGCUCAAGCUGGUGCAAAACGAGUGUAUGCUGUGGAAGCUAGUGAAAUGGCAACUCAGGCUCGUGAAAUUGUAAAGGCGAAUAAUCUGAAUGAUAAGAUCGUCGUUGUUCAUGGACGUGUUGAGGAUGUUGAAGUUGAGGAUAAGGUUGAUGUGAUAAUAUCAGAGUGGAUGGGUUAUAUGCUUCUCUACGAGAGCAUGCUGCCUAGUGUCCUUUUUGCAAGGGAUAAAUGGCUUAGACCUGGUGGUCUUAUCCUUCCAUCUCAUGCUACGCUCUUCAUGGCACCCAUAACAAACUCUGAGAGGUAUGAAGGCAGUGUUGAUUUCUGGUCUGAUGUCUAUGGCAUCAAUAUGUCUGCGCUUGUGCCACUUGCCAAAAAAUUUACAUCCGAGGAGCCCUCCAUUGAAAUAAUCGGUGGAGAGAAUGUUUUAAGUUGGCCAUUUGUGGUCAAACACAUAGAUUGCUACACAUUUAAGGCUGAGGAGCUCAAAUCUAUCACAACUAAAUACAAAGUUUCAUCAAUGAUGUUAGCUCCCAUUCAUGGCUUUGGUUUAUGGUUUGAAGUGGAGUUCAAUGGCCCUUCAAAUCCCUCUGACAAUUCACCUUCCGAUCUGAAUCCACUUGAUGUUAUUCACAAGAAACGGCGCCGAGGAUCAGAUGAUGCAGUUCUGCUGUCCACAGCCCCAGAGGAUGAGCCAACCCAUUGGCACCAGACUAUUCUGUACUUCCCUGAUCCUAUAGAAGUGAAACAGGACCAAAUUAUAGAAGGUUCUGUAACAGUGUCUCAAAGUGAGGAAAACCCACGUUUUCUGAAUAUUGAACUACAUUGCUCAACGGGAGGCCAAACGUUGGUGAAAGAUUAUGCCAUGCGAUGAAUGUUGUUCUUAGUUGGCUGAUCCGGAUUCUCCAACUUCUGAUGGAGUCAGGAUGAGAUGAGGGUAAAGCGAUAAAAGAUAGGAAAAUGGAGAUGAGCUGUUUUUCUCUUCAACCAAAAAGGCCACAACGUAACCUUUACCUGCUGUGACAUUGAGCUUUUACUUUCUUGAGACGCUUGUACUUUAGUCGUUGUGACAGCCUGCACAAAGUGACGCUUUCUUUGGUGGUGUUCCAGCUCAAAGCGACCAAUGCGGUUGCAUUGGACCUUUUGGUUUCAACCCAACCGUGAAGCAGGAUGUAGACUUAAGUUUCUGUCAGAUAGAUUGAUUGAGGAAUCUCGUGAUAUUCUCCUUUUUGCUGCGGUAAACUAUUGUUAAGCAGCUCCAUCUUUUCACUUUUUCUUAUGCUUAUAAGCUAAAACUUGAAUGUCCAACCUUAA